AAUAUUUAGUGGGGAAUGACAUUAAUCAGUUGUGCGUGAAAUGAACAUGUUUAAUUAUGAUAUAGGUUCUUUAUUGGGACAGAAAAAUAAAUUCGUUUCAUCGUUUCGUAGUAAGCCAGUAAGCUUUGAGAUUCAAAGGAGUAAACAUGUUGAAUAACACUUGUAGAGUUUUUCUUAAAGUAGGGUCUGAUCUCCAGAAAAGACAUGGUAGUAACAUCGCUUUCAUUGGUCUGGGCAACAUGGGUUCGAGGAUGGCCAGAAACCUGAUCAAGAAGGGUUGUAGUCUUAAAAUCUAUGAUAUGGUUCCAUCAGCUAAGGCAGCAAUACAAGGGGCCACACCCUGCCAAUCUGCAGAAGAAGCUGUAAAAGAGUCCUCUAUUGUAAUUACGAUGCUUCCUAAUGGACCGAUUGUCAAAGAAACCAUUUUAGGAGAAAAAGGCAUCCUGGACAGUGUCUCCAAAAACUCCUUAAUCAUAGACUGUUCCACUGUGGAGCCAUCGGUCGAACAAGAGCUAUCCAAAAUCGUGGGAGAACGUGGCAUAAGAUAUUUGGAUGCUCCUGUAUCAGGAGGAAUAGUUGGGGCAGAAGCAGCAACGUUGACAUUCAUGGUAGGAGGCGAAAAAAAGGAUGUAGAUGAAGUAGAACCUAUUCUAUUGCACAUGGGGGCUAAAGUGCACCAUUGUGGGAAAUCUGGUGCUGGGCAGAUUGCAAAGAUUUGCAAUAAUCUUAUUUUAGGUAUAACAAUGAUAGGAACAGCAGAAGCUUUGAAUUUAGGAGUGAAACUGGGAUUAGAUCCCAAAUUACUGACUUCCAUAGUCAACAUUUCUUCAGGAAGAUCAUGGUCAUCCGAUACUUACAACCCAGUUCCUCACGUUAUACCAAAUGUUCCUUCUUGUAAUGACUACAAAGGAGGGUUUAGUGUUCCCCUCAUAGCGAAAGAUUUAAGUCUAGCUCAGAGCUCAGCUCUGCAAUGCGGGGCUCCACUUCCUCUUGGCGCUCUUGCCCAUCAGAUAUACAGAACGAUGAUCACAAAUGGAUAUGAGGAAAAGGACUUUUCUUCAGUGUAUAUGUUUUUAAAAGGUGCUAAAUAAAAUUGUUUUUAAUUAUU